AUGGAGCCCGCGGCCGCCGGCCCGCGGCCCCGCGCGCUGCUGCCGCCGCUGCUGCUGGCGCUGGUGCUGGCGGCGGCGCGGGCGCUGCUGUGGCUCGGCCCCGCGUACCUGGCCGGGUACCUGGGGCUGAGCGGCAGCUGGGUGCUGCUGGCGCUCCUGCUGUGGGUGUGCUGGGGCCAGAACCGGCGGGGGAAGCGCUCGCGGCUGGCGGCCGCCUUCGCGCUGCUGGAGGACGAGCGGGAGGCGGUGCGCCGCGGGCUGGCCGCCCGGCACCUGCCCGCCUGGGUCCAUUUCCCUGAUGUUGAACGAGCGGAGUGGCUGAACAAGGUCCUUGUACAGGCUUGGCCAUACUUUGUGACAAUUAUGGAAAAAACGUUUAAAGAAGUUCUUGAACCAAAAAUCAGAGCAAAGAACGUACACCUGAAAACAUGCACCUUUACCAAGAUCCACUUUGGUGAGAAGUGUCCUAGAAUCAAUGGAAUAAAAGCCUACACCAAAGAAAUUGAUAGAAGACAAAUUACCCUGGACCUGCAGAUAUGUUACGUAGGGGACUGUGAGAUUCACAUGGACAUAACAAAAUUUAAACUUGGAGUGAAAGGCAUACAGUUGCAUGGGACAUUGCGGGUGAUACUGGAACCUCUUCUAACUGAUGCACCUUUUAUCGGAGCAGUGACAUUUUUUUUUAUGCAGAGACCGUACUUGGAAAUCAACUGGACUGGCAUGAGCAACCUCCUGGAUGUCCCAGGGAUUAAUGUAAUGUCUGACUCGCUAAUUCAGGACUUCAUUGCUUCACGGCUGGUUCUACCAAAUAGAAUCACAGUGCCUCUGAAGAAGAACAUGAGCAUUGCCCACCUGAGGUUCCCUGUCCCAUACGGAGUAAUAAGAGUUCAUCUGUUAGAAGCUGAAAACCUUGUCCAGAAAGACAACUUUCUUGGUGCCAUCAGGGGAAAGUCUGACCCAUAUGCUCUUCUUCGAGUUGGCACAGCGCAGUAUCGAAGCAAGACUGUCUCCCGAGAUCUUAACCCCAUUUGGAAUGAGACGUUUGAGUUUGUUGUUCAUGAAGUACCUGGUCAGGACUUAGAAGUGGACUUGUAUGAUGAAGAUCCAGACAAAGAUGACUUUAUGGGCAGCUUGUUUAUAAGCCUGGUGGAUGUAAUGAAUGACAGAACAGUUGAUGAGUGGUUUCCCUUAAGUAAGACAACAAGUGGGCACUUGCAUUUAAAGCUGGAGUGGUUUUCGUUAGUAAAUGAUCAAGAAAAGCUACAUGAGGAUAAGAAGGGUCUGUCUACAGCAAUUCUGAUAGUCUACUUGGACAAUGCUUUCAACCUUCCGAAAAACCACUUUGAGUACUCAAAUGGUGAAUAUGGAGCAAAGAAGUUCAAAAAUAACAAGUACUUAAAGAAGAUGGAACGAGAGCCUUCCUCCUUUGUCCUGCUCACUGUCGGGAACAAGACUCAGAAAAGCAAGACCUGCAAUUUCAACAAAGAUCCCACGUGGGGCCAGGCUUUCACCUUCUUCGUCCACAGUGCUCAUUCCCAGUCACUGCACAUUGAGGUAAAAGACAAGGAUCGGGAUAGCAUCCUGGGAACUUCAGUGGUGUGUCUCUCCCAUUUACUUAAGGACCCAAACAUGACUCUGGAUCAGAGAUUUCAGUUGGAUCAUUCCAGUUCAGACAGCUUCAUUAAGAUGAAACUUGUGUUGCGGGCCUUGAGUAUUGAGGAACCUGAUCCACAAAGAGUCAAGACAGGUGUCAAUGCCUCAAAACAAGGUCCUGUACGUGUCACGGAGAAGGGUGGGAACCCGCACAAGUAUGUCCCUCCACCAAAGCCAGAAGUUUCAAAAGAACCUCCUGUGAGCAAAGACUCUGCAGCACUUGAAUCUGUGCCAAAAAAGGACAACGGUGAAGACAUGAACACAAAUGACAGUACAGCAGAGCCUGUAGCAAGCAAAACUAUUGCUGGCCUUAAUGAGACGGAGAGCGAGCAAAAUCCAGAGCAUCGACUGUCGACAACACUGCAAACCAGAGCAGCAGUAGUGCCCACACUGCCAGUCAUACAGGAAUUAAGGCUUGCACCCAGCGUUGCUUCGCUGGGUUCUCUGCCUUCUUCUUGCUUUGACUUAAGUAGCAGCAAUCUGGACCUUCAUAAUGGGACCGAAAUGCCUCUGGGAGAGAUUCAGCUCACAGUGCGAUACGCUUCCAUACGGCAGAGUCUCGUUGUGCUGGUAAAUGGCUGCAGAAACUUAGUACCGUCUUCUAGUCGUGGAAUAGAUCCCUAUGUUCGUAUAUACCUGCUUCCAGAUAGAAGAUGGACAAGCAGAAAGAAGACUUCAGUUAAGAAAAAAACUCUGAACCCCCAGUAUGAUGAAAAGUUUGAAUUUUUUGAAUCUUUGGAAGAUGUUAAGAAAAGGACGUUAGACAUUGCAGUGAAAAACAGCAGGCCGUUCAUUUCACAGGAAAGAAGGGAACUGGGGAAAGUGCGGAUUGACUUGUCACAGGAAGACUUAAUCAAAGGUUUUGCACAAUGGUAUGAGCUGACAAGAAGUAGAUGCAAGAAAAGCUGA